GACGCAGGAGAACCCAGCACCUGCCUGCGUGAUUCUGCGCAUGAGUGGAAAAGUUCUGUGUGGCUCUAGCUCCUUUUUUCCAGCAGAGAGGGAAGUAACGUCUGUGGUCGAAAAAUCUAAAUCUGGACGAGACCACAAAACAAUUGAAGCGAUCUAACGAGGUCUGCGGGAAACUGAAAUCAUCCACUACCUUUGGAGGAAACCAAAACGUACUGAGAAAUGGUCACAAGUGCGCGGAAGUGUGUGCUUACUGAUGUUGUAGUAGCUAGCUAGCCAGGAAGUGCGCCGACCGUUGAAGCCUAUUUUGAUGAAUGGGAACAGUGUCCAAACGGUGGUACUACAGCUUCCGUGACGUCAUUUUGUCCAGAAAGAACUUUUUCCACACUCUGUGAAUCAACGGAUCAUUUUUUUAGCUAUAUAAACUACCCAUCAAGAACACUUCUCAAGCCCUCGUUUAAAUCUAAAGGGUCUAAAAAGAUGAAUUGAGAGUUAUUCUUUCUCCAUUCAUUUGACUGAGCUUGGAGGCAGGGCUUAAAGGGAAACCUCAACUGCGCAGGCUUUGAAAGCAGAAGGUCCCGGAUGAUCCUGGUGCUUUCCGAGUUUACAGUCGCUGUAUUUUGGGAUUCAAGCGCCACUGAGCAACUCUCAUUGGAGUGAACGGAGUAUCCUGUUCUCUUUAUACAUCCGUGGUUGGCCCUGUUAGCCUGUUAGCUUCAGGAAGGAGGAAUUCAACAUUUAUUUUGCAGGCAAGUUGAAUAUCUGACAUGCUGCUGUGUGUAUUCUAACCUUUGAAAAACAUGUUUUGAUAUUUGUAGCUGUCUGCUUGCUUUUUUGCAAACUCUUUGUCUAGGGACUAGUUUUAAAUCCUGUGGGGUCGUGCCACACUCAGACAGCACUUAAGAGAAAAACGCAUUUAAGCAACAUUUUGCAGGUAUUUAAAACAGACUAUCAAAACGUCCCUGUGUUUGCCGCUACGGAUGACCCAUAGGCUUGUAACAUUGGACCUGCAACCCGUCCUCUUCAUUGGACCUAGUUUAUCGUCUUCCUCCGCGAUGGGCCCCCUUCUCAGCUAGUGGAAACCGUCUGCAGCCCUCUGACCAUGGGAGGAUGUGUGGGGAGAUACUGGGAAGGCUGGGAGGACACACAGAGCCGAGGAUCCUCCAGGAAUGGUGGACGAGGAGGACGUAACGAGCCUCUGAAGAAAGAGCGUCCCAAGUGGAAGAGUGACUACCCGAUGACCGAGGGCCAGCUGCGGAGCAAGCGGGACGAGUUCUGGGACACGGCGCCGGCCUUCGAGGGCCGCAAGGAGAUCUGGGACGCCCUGAAAGCUGCGACCGUCGCCCUGGAGUGCAACGACCACGACCUGGCCCAGGCUAUAGUGGACGGAGCCAGCAUCACACUGCCACAUGGUACCCUCGCCGAGUGUUACGAUGAACUGGGGAACCGCUACCAGCUGCCCGUCUACUGCCUGGCUCCUCCCGUCAACCUCAUCUCAGAGCGCAGCGACGACGACCCCAACGACGGCCCCGACACUCCUGCUGCUCCCAAGAAGGAAUUCCAGCUCAAGGUACGUCUGUCCACGGGCACGGACCUGCGUCUCAGCGCCAGCAUGGCAGACACCAUCGGGCUGCUGAAGAAGCAGCUGCACGCGCAGGAGGACAUUGACGCCGCCCACCAGCGCUGGUUCUUCUCCGGGAAGUUGCUGACGGACAAGACGCGGCUGCAGGACACUAAGAUCCAGAAGGACUUUGUCAUCCAGGUCAUUGUCAACCCGCAGGCCCUCCGAGCCCCAAAACUCACCCCCGUCACCCCUGUUUCCCCCGUUUCAUCGCCUGUUUCCUCGCCUGUUUCUGAAUAAAGAAGUGGAGGACAAUUAAGGACAAGAGGGGCCUCCUUUUUGCUGGAUUUUUUGGAAACCUGAGGGAGAAACUCGUGCUGCUUUCUUUCACCCACCAUGUGUCAUUGUAUGUUGAGGGUUUUUUCAGUGAAUUCACACUCACUCUGCAGAUCCUCAUCCCCUUGUGUCUUUGAAACCAUCUUGAAUUCAAAGCAGACCACAUGUGCUCAUCACUCUGCCCUUUUCUUUGAUCAGCACUAACUAAAGUGCCAAUGGAGGAAAUGCAGAGCGUUGUUUAAAAGCCCAUUUCCACUAUGACGCUCAUGGAUUGAAAUCCUGCGUCCUCCACAGAAACGGGAAGAACUGUUUCCUCCUUCCUCUCUUUUUAUUGAGGAAAUAAUAAAAAACUGAGCUUUUUUGCACAUUGGAAGAUUAUUACUAUACUUCUGUGGUAGUUUGUGUGCCUUCUACAAGAAACUGAAAAACUGAAAGACGCUAGUUCUUAGGCUGAAGCCUUGUGUAUUUUUUUAGAUUAAGGACCUCUUAGAUCAAUCCAAGCUAUAACUGCUGCCUUUUUUUAACAAUCUCAUGCAUCUUGCAGACAAAACAGUGUGUGUGUGUUUGUGUGUGUGUGUGUGUGUGUGUGUGUGUUGGGGCAAAAGGAAUAUACAUUUGGCCCAUUUCAGUAGCUAACAAAGACUGUUUCCUGGUCGUAGCUUUGCAGUCAAUCAUAUCAUAGUGAAUUUCUCAUUCCCUAUGCAUCAAUUCUGGUCUUAAAAGCUGCAUUAAUAACCACUUAUUGAUCCCCCCCCUGACCACUAGGGGGCAGCAGCACAGCCUUUAUGUAGUCACUUCAGCUACUAAGGGGCCUGUUGUUCCUUUUCCUCACCCCCUGAUGAAUGUAAACCCAGUAUUCAUUCGCCUUUUUAAUAUUCGAUGUUGUCCGAUAACGUCGAGAGAAAUCCCAUUUGUUCACGCAAUGUUUCUUCACCAGCAUACAGGCAGCUUCUGUGAGUCUGCCUUCAAGCUUUCUUCUAUGUGGGAUUUAUCAGCCAUCAGGAGACUGCAGGGAGUGGUGAAUGAAAACAAAGAGCUGGAGGAGUUGAUUAUCAAUGCAACAGGCAGUACUGAAAAAGAGGCAUUUGAUUUGACAGUGUUUUGAGCUAAACAGGCUUACUCUCUUUGUUAUCUAUAAUGAAACCCUGAGACAAAACCAUCAUGUUAAGCCUGUUGUUCCUAAGAGUUUUCUCCCUGUUUGACUGAAAAAAUCCAUUCAUUAUUGUAAUUUAAUUGUGAACUGGCUGGGAAAAAAUAGCUUUGUCAGGAGAAUCCUUUGCUCUUUUUGUCAGGAUCUUAUAUUGUAUGUUCACAGGUUAUGUGGCAUUACUGAUGCCUUUCUUUGGGCUGUUACUUAUUAAGACACCGGUUAGUGGUGCACUUCUGCCUCUUGCAGCCAAAAUGAAGUAUAUGUUUUGCUUUCCAAUUUCAUUCAGAGAAUCGUACUUUCACAUUUUUAAGACUUUAUGACACAACACCCCCUACUCCGCUUCUUCCAGGUCAUGUUAGAGUCAGAUUUAGGUUACAUCCCAGAAUACAUAUCCAGGCCCUUUGAGAUUAAGACUCAGGACCUGCUUUGUGAAAACGUUAUGGUAUAUUUCUCAAAGGGUGGUAUAAAGCGUCAGUGUACGGGUUGAUGUGUUUUCAUUCACCGCUCCUGUCAUAUAAUUCUCAAGCAGUAUAAUCAGAGGGGUAAAAUAUACCUCACUAAAUCGAAACAUGUUUGAUUUAACUUUUCUGUUUAUUUUCCUUCCAAUUUCACAACGUUUUUUGUACAAAUGGUUCUUCUGGGGAUAUUGUAAUCGCUUCUCUCUGUAUGUGCAAUACGUUAGACAUAGACCUCAUAUCCUUCUGACGACAGACUUCAUAAGAUCACCAGCUCUGAGUAUCGUUAAAGAAAAGGUCAAUCCACAGGUACAAUCCUGCUUCAAUCUGAUGCCUAUUGUCACCUCUGUUUUCAAAUGUUUGUCACUUUUUGAAAUGUUUUUCCAAGCUCUCAUCUUUCACAGAGUUUAUAUCUAAACAUUAAAAAUACAUACACAACU